GGGGGACCCACCGCGCGCACGCGGCCAUGGCCGCGGGCACCGCGCGGUCGCGGCGCGCGCCCGCGGCGUCCCGCGCGGCGGCGGCCACCGCCGCCUGGGCCCUCUGCGUGCUGGGCGGCAGCGCGGCGUCCUGGGCGGUGGGUGCGCUGGCACCACCAGCGUCUCCUGGCACGUCCAUCCGCGCCCGCCGCCAGCCGCCCGCAGCUGCCGGGCCGCCGCAGGCCCUGCGGCGAGCCGCCGCGGCUGUCGAGCAGCUAGACGCACCGGCGGCCCCCAGGGGCGAGGCGGCCGCCAGCUCAGGGCCGAGCGGCAAGGUGGCCAUCAUCACCGGCGCGUCCACGGGCGUGGGGCUCGCGACCGCGGAAGGUCUGGCUCGCUCGGGCCUCUAUGCCACCAUCAUCCUGGCUGGACGCGACGCGGACAAGCACCGGCGGGCCCUGGAUGGGCUUCGCGGGGCACUCGGUCCGGGCACAGGCCCGGUGGAUUUGCGGCAUAUGAGCCUGGAGCUGGACAGCCUGGAGUCGGUGCGCAAUUUCAGCACGGAGUUCUUGAAGCUACGGUUGCCGCUGCACACCCUGAUCCUGAACGCGGGCGUGAUGGCGCUUCCUGAUCGGAAGCUGACGGCCGAUGGCUUCGAGUACCAGUUUGGCGUCAACCACCUCGGCCACUUUCUGCUGGCCAACCUGCUGCUCGACUCCCUCGUGUCGUCCAGCUCGUGGUCGGACCCCGGGCGCCUCAUCAGCCUCAGCUCUUCCGCGCACCAGAUGCCGUCCCCCUUGUUGCAGGGAGACCUCGGGGACCUGCAGUCCGAGCGGUACACCGCCUGGAGCGCAUACGGCCAGUCCAAGCUCGCGAAUCUGCUCUUCGUCUACGAGCUGGACAGGCGCUGCCGCAGGCUGGGGCUGCCCCUGGCUGCCAACGCCGUGCACCCCGGCGUCGUGAGCACCGAGCUCGCCCGCUACAUCGGCGGCGGCGGCGGCGGCCCCACCACCGGGGGCCUCCUGCAGGGCUUUGGGGAGCAGCUGAGCUCCCUGCUUCUGAAGACGCCGAAGGACCCUUCCGCAGCAGGAAGGAAUUGGUCUCGGAGGGAGAGGGGACUGGGGACCUGGCAUACGAGGAAGGACUGA